AUGAAGGACGAUAAAUAUGAGCUGGGCCACAGCUGCCUGUAACGCGCAAAGUUAUACUGGUAUUGCAGAUGGCGAGCGGAGGCCGCGUCAAAUGCAGGAGACGGAAGCUGCGUUGGAAGGGUCCGACAUGGAUGGGUGCGAACACUUUGACUGCGAGUGAAGCGAGAGACUUGACUGGACUGGAGAGGGGAGCUGAUUGGUGGAGAAGCAAUGAGUUCACGCCAGUAUUUAAUCUAAUUCAGACUCGGACUGCCUUUGUCCUUGGCCAUGAGGGUGCCAUUCAUCGCUCGCCCUGUCCUUGGCCGUCUAAGAGAAAAAGAACAUUGGACCGUGCUGUGAGGGGACCUGCCAAUCAUUCUGGUCCAGUUCCCGCGUUGGGUUGGAGCCUUACUUGGGCUAUUGACUCGUUUAUUGUUUCGAGUCGGGAUCCGGGUGGAGUCAUUUCAUCAUCGAGAUCAUCCUCCUCCCUAGUAGUGAGAGAGAAUCAUCUUCUGUCCCUUGCCGCGCCCCUUUUCGAUCCUCACCCGCCAAUCAAAGCCGCCCACUGCGAUCGAUUCUUAUCCUUGGGCCAUCGACAUCAUUUCCUAAUCCUCCCACCACAACGUCUCUCCUCUCCUCAUCCACCACGGCCUCUCCGCCAUCUAAGCGCGCCUCGCGGCCCCCUCGGUCGUUUUCCUCAUCGAAAACGUCCCCUCUCGCCUCACAAACGGACCCUUCAACAUCAUCGCCCCCGGUUAAAGAAGCAUCCCCUUAUCCCCCGCGAGGCCUCCGCGUUCGGUGCCAUUCCUUCGAGGCACAUCCCCCCACAUCCUCCGAUCAGUUCCUGGAUACCUCCCACGAUCUUGCGCCCGCCGUCAGUGCGACUCGCAAACCCUGUCAAUUACGUUCCCCGCAACACUCCGGUCACGGUACCCCAUCUGUCGCAGCUCUCCGACGAGAACCUUCCACUCGACGCACACCGAGACGCCUACCCUUUGCUGACUAUUCCCGAACGGCGUCGCAGUCGACCGAUCCCAUCUCCGAACAGUCUGGUGGUGGAGCGCAGCCAAGGGGAAACGGAGAGUGGACGCUCCAGCAUCGCAGUGCCUCGCGGCCAGAGGCGCAGUGGCGCAUUUGACGACCAGCUGGUGUUACAAGAAAUGUCCGAGUCGGGAGUGUCAAAUGGUGCUCCGGAGGUAAAGAACCCUCGCGCUCCGGAACGGGCGCAUCUGGGCCUCGAUUUGGCGGUAGACGGACCUGGGCCGCUUCACGACGACCGGCCCCGCCACAUCCAGUCGCAAUCCUCGCUGCGAUCGCAGUCACACAUCGCAUCUGUACCAUCCAUUACCGGCGCUCAAAAUGGCGGCGAAGCUGAUGUGGCGGAGGAGUUAGCCUGGGGCCCUGCGCAUCCGUGUUAUCCUCACAUCAACCCACAUGUUCCGAUCGGGUCCGAGGAGUACAUGACCACCCGCAUCAUACGAAUCCGGCGUGAUUGGAUGAUCAAGGGAGACCUAGCUCCUACAUUCUCCAACCUGUACCCUGAGAUUCUGGACCCGCUAUUACCUGAACAAGAGUUUCGAAAGGUCAUCGCCACAGUAAAUGAUGAGCUCGUUAAGGCGUUCGAUCCGUUCAGCCUUCGCAAUUUCAUCGACAGUGCGCUGAGCCUUCUGACGGGAUGGAUUUGGGAAGACAUAGGCGCUCCAGGAAUCAAGAGCCAUCUCAAACGGGUGGAAGCUUGGCUGGAGAGGUGGAACAGAGAGGUCGGGGCCAAGGACGGAGUACAUAUCUGGAGUCUCCGCAGGACGGCGUACAUGUCGUUGGACAUCCAGAUUCCGGAUCCCAAGGUUGGCAUCAUCCGCAGUGAGGGAGUUCCAUCACUUCCAGGGACUCGGCCGAGCAGCGGUCCUAUACGAUCAAAUAACACCAUCUCCUCAAUAUACUACUUGAGCCAUGGCACCAUCGGGGAUUUGUUAACCUUCCAAAAGAAAUUAUAUGCCCUACUUCGACGCAGCCGUUAGAAGAAGCCGAAAGAACUAUCCUUACUGUGUUUUGUUAAGUUAUAUACCUCUUACUGCUUCACCUCUUUUGCACCCGAAAACAAAAUACUAACCAGAAGCUGAAUGACGGUUUCCUCUCAACACGCGAAUACAACAGUUCCAUGGAGAAAUAGAUCAAAGCUGUCGAUGCUCAUCCUUGACAGCUCGAGCAAACAUUCCGUAUGUAAGUGUGGUCUCGCCAUGACUAUUAUUCACGCAUUAGAACAUAGAUUUAUUGAUCGCCAAGUGAUCCACCAAAUAGACAGAAUAAGUGGAUAGAGUAAACAAUAUACUGGCCGGCCACUUGAAGUGUGCAUCGAACAGAGCUGU